CAAUCUACACGUAAACAUCUUAUUUUUAUCAAUUUUUCGAAUUACUACGAAAGUUUUGGUUGACGUGUUCUUAUAGCUAUUUAUUUCUUUCCGUUCAUUAAGUAAUUAUUUAAUAUUUAAAGAUGAGUUUCCUAAAUUUCGUCAACAUUCCAAUGCACAUGGAUUUCGAGGGGCAAAGAAGAGCUGAAAACUAUGCCCGAAUCAUCAUCACCAUAUUUGGAGUUAUUGGAUUAAUUUGGGGAUACGUCGAGCAGAAGUUUUCGUACACUAUUUACACUUUGGGAGUAGGAUUCGCGAUAUCUGUUCUUUUAUCGUUACCACCCUGGCCGAUGUAUAGAAGACAUCCUUUACAAUGGCAGAAAGUCAAAGAAGAGGGAAGUGGUGAACAGAAAAAGAAAAAAUAAUUUAUUCGAUGUUAGCUAAUUUUAGUUGUGUUUUUUUCGAUGUUGAAAUUAUGUUAAGAUCUCUACCGAAGAAUCUAUCUAAAUUUAAAAUUUCAUUGUUUCAUGUGUGAAAGAUUUCCUUCGUUCAUUUUGUAAAUUAUUAUUGUAUUAUUGAUUAUGUAAGUUUUGGAAUUUGUGAAAAGUUUGUUGUGCUGGUUAUAUGAUUUAAUUUUUUUCUCGUAAAAAUGUAUCGCAUUCUUCGUGUUUAUUCAUUAUUUAUAUUUUAAAGUCAUGUUGGGUCCUAUUUUAGAGAAUUUCAUUUUCAUUUUUCUUUUAUUUUAGUUUAUUAAAUGAAGAAUUUAUUCUAAA